UUGCAAAUAUUUUGGAAGGAGAGAAUACUCAUUGCCCAUUAAAAAAAUAAAAAAAAAAUCAGGCAGCCUGUCGUUUCAGUAUAGUUUGUCUUUCUGACUUUGUGUACAGUAGGUAUUUUCAUUUCAUUUAUUGAUCUGAUUUCGUAAUUUGAAGAUGCAUAAUUGGAUUAGCUUCAACUGACUAUUAUUGGGGGAGAUUAGUUUCAAGAUUUUUGCUACUCCGCUUAAGGUUAGUGUUGGUAUUCCCUGUUGUUUUCUGUUCAUUUUAUUGGCUGGGAAUCACUCUUUGGAAUUCAAAGGACACAGCCUGAUUUAUUUCCCGUAGCGAAGGUAUUCAAAAGUUCUCCUUUUGUUUCUUGUAAUAAAUAUAAAGCACUUUGUGUAUUUGUGUUUGAGUGUGUGCCCAAUCUGUUGUAUUUGCCAUAGUUUGGUAACUUUAGUGUAUCUUGGUGCAAGUUUUUAAUAUCUUUCUAGUUUUUUCUUACUUGAAGUUUUCAGUCAGUUGCCUUUGUUGUUGACAAUAGCAGUUCAAGUUUUAGUUAUAAACUUUCUUGUUUUAUUUUGAUUUAUAGUCGAGUGUUGUUUUGAACUUUGACUAAUAUUUUUGUUAGGUAGUUAUAAUUUGUUGUAGCUGCUGCUUUCGAUUUUCUUAGUUGGAGUCUUGUGUUAUUGAGAUUAUUUACUGAAAUACUAUAGCAAGUUUUUCGGAUGUGGUUGAUUGGUUGUGUUGACGUAGGUAGUUGUGAAUUUUUCAAGUGUAUAGGAGUAUUAAUCGUUUUAGUUACGUAAGAAGAAAGAACGAGUGUUGUAUAUUGCAGCAUUUGAAUAACCAUUUUCGUUAUAAAGUACUACUAUUGCAAAACAAUGAAUGAUUUAUCUCUUCCUUGGUCCUUUAUGCUAAGAAUCCUAAGAUAUCAAUUGAAACAAAAACACCAGACAAUUUUUGCAGAUGAAGAAUGAUACGUUCCUUUGGCUCCCACUGUUUGUGGAGUUCACGUUUCCUGCUAACUCAGCCCCCUUCAACAGUUGCCAUGCUUCCACGAUUGUAGAGGUCGAUAAAGAUCAUUUUAUGGUUGCUUAUUUUGGUGGUUCAGCAGAAGGAGCUCCUGAUGUGAAAAUUUGGACACAGACAUACAAGGAUGGUUGUUGGCACUCUCCUCUUGCUGUUGAUGAGCAAUUUAAUGUCCCUAUGUGGAAUCCAGUGUUGUAUAAGGACCCUUCCAAUCAGUUGCUGUUAUUCUAUAAAAUUGGUCAAGAAGUUCAGAAAUGGAGUGGAUGCAUGAAGAGAUCUAACGAUGGUGGGGUUACUUGGUCAACGAGAGAACAGCUCCCUCCUGGCAUAUUAGGCCCGAUUAAAAAUAAGCCUAUCCUGCUCGAGAAUGGGGACUUGCUCUGUGGAUCUUCUGUCGAGAGCUGGAACUCAUGGGGCGCAUGGAUGGAGAUAACUACAGACUUGGGCAGGUCAUGGAGAAAGUAUGGACCGAUAUACAUUCCGAACAAAACUCUCGCUGUGAUUCAGCCUGUUCCUUACAAGACUGCGAAAGGGAACCUUCGUGCUCUCAUGAGAUCCUUCGAUGGAAUAAACAAAAUUUGCAUAUCAGAGUCCUGUGAUGGUGGUCACACAUGGGAUAAUGCACAGCCAACUCAACUGCCAAAUCCGAAUUCAGGAAUUGAUGGAGUGAAGCUGAGUGAUGGCCGCCUUGUACUGGCAUAUAAUACAAUAUCUCGUGCUGUACUCAAAGUUGCUGUUUCUUGUGAUGACGGUGACUCAUGGCACGACGUUGCUACAUUAGAGGAGACUGGAGGAAUGGAAUUCUCCUAUCCUGCUGUUAUUCAAGCUAGUGAUGGAUUAGUUCAUAUCACCUACACUUACAAUCGGACACAAAUUAAGCAUGUUGUCUUUAAGCCGAAUAUGAUAUAAAGGAGGAAGCAUUUUUGUGUUGCAA